AUGCCUCGACCACAGGCCCUUGUCUAUCGUGGACCAGCAAGCAGCAAGGGCUUGCCCGAAGCCGUUGCCAAGCUUCUUGAGACGUCCCCUCGGAACUUCGAGGUGCGUUAUGCAGGUCCUGGCGAAGCGAUUCAGGUGUCAUACGAGACCUUGAGCAAGGUGGACUUGUACGCUCAGCCGGGAGGUCCAGACCUUGACGAUGCUUGGGCCGAGACCAAAGCCUUUGCGCCCGCAAUCCGGGAUUUUGUCUCUCGUGGAGGUCGCUACCUUGGCUUCUGUCUGGGUGCGUACCUCGCCGGCCACACACCGGGAUUUGGACUGCUUCCUCGGGGAUCUGACACAGACGCCGAAAAUUGCCAGAAGGGAGCCCAGGUGACCACCGAUGAAGACACCAUCAUCCAGGUGGACUGGAACUUUACCACUGGCGACAAGGCUGGCCAGAAGGCUAAGAAUAGGUGGAUUUACUUUCAGGAAGGCGCCGUCAUUAAACGCUUUGUUGAAAGUGACACUUGCUUUGUCCUUGGGCGGUAUUCACAUAGUGGUCGUGUAGCCUCGUCUCUGAACAAGUAUGGCCAAGGCUGGGUUGGCCUCAUCGGACCUCAUCCCGAGGCGACAGAAGAGUGGUUUUAUACAAGAAAAUUCGUCGACUUUGAUAUUCUCCAUCGUAUGAUUAUUGCGUCCGUGGCUAACAACCCAUCAAGACAACUCCAUAGCCCUGUAUACACGUGGAGAGGACAACAAAUGGUCCAAGUCACCGCGCGGCAAGCCUUCCGCAGAACCGACGACUACACUCCCGGGACACGCAAGCUCAAGCUCCUUAGCGAAGACCUCCCCCUUCCUCUUCACCCAACCGCCGUCUUGAUCAAGGUACACGCAGUCUCUCUCAACUACCGUGAUGCCAACAUUGCACAUGGCGGCAACCCCUGGCCCGUGAUACCAAACGGCGUUCCUGGCAACGACGCCGCCGGCGAGGUUCUCUCCGUGGGCGACAAGGUCUCUCUCGUGUCGAUUGGGGAUGCCGUCGCCCCAAUCACGGAUUCGGCAUAUGUCACAUCUCGGUCGACAGGGCGAUCUUGGCUUGCAGCAAAUGAGGAUGGGACCCUGGCGACGCAUCUCGUUUUCGACGAAAGCCAAGUGACGAGGCUGCCUGCACACCUAGACUGGGUGCAGGCGAGUAUCAUCCCUUGCGCAGGUACAACCGCCUGGUCUGCCCUCAAGGGUGCCGCCAUCGGCCAAACGGUGUUGAUCCAAGGCACGGGUGGCGUUUCAACUUUUGCCAUCAAGCUUGCUCGAGCCUCCGGGCUGAGGGUGAUUUUGACGUCGUCGAGUGACGAGAAGCUCGAAAGGAUGAAGACGCAAUUUGGGCAACCUGAACUUGAGACGGUCAACUACAGCACAACUCCAGAGUGGCAUGAGGAGGUUUUGAGACUCACCAAUGGUGUUGGGGUGGAUAUUGUUGUUGAGAAUGGAGGAAGCAGUUCUCUGGUGAAGAGCAUGCUAUGCACGCGCCGUGGCGGCAUCGUCAGCCAAGUCGGCUAUCUCGGCGGUAGCAAGCCAGAACAUCUUGAGGACUUUAUUUCCACCAUCAUUGACCGUAGAUUAAACGUCAGGGGCAUCAACGCCGGCUCCAAGGACGACCAGGAUGGGCUGAUGAGUGCAGUUUCCGCUACAAAAAUGACGUUUGAGGACAUUCUAGACUCUGUUUGGGAGUUCGAACAGGCUGAAGAGGCAGUCGAAUACGUCUGGCAAGGGAAGCAGGUCGGGAAAGUGGUGAUCAGGGUUGUGUAA